AUGCCAUCAGGCGAAACUGAUCUCGAGCUUGAAGAGGGCCUACAGUCCUUAUGGCUGCUCCUGUGCACGUUUCUGGUGGUCUCCAUGCAGCUGGGUUUCGCUAUGCUGGAGGUUGGUGGUGUCCGCGAGGCUCACAGGAUGACGGUUCUCGCCAAGAAUAUCAUGGAUUCUGUGGUGACAUGCCUCGUCUUUGCUGCGACUGUGCGUUUUUUGCACCUGAGCGUUGUUCUUGGACCAGAUGGACACGUCCGGUUUGAGAAGGAGCUGUCCAACUGGGCCUUCAGUGCCACCUGUGCAACGAUCUGUUCUGGGUCAAUGGCGGAGCGAGCUCACAUGAUAGCAUAUCUUGUCCAUGCCGGUGUGAUCGGUGUUGUGGUUUAUCCACUCCUUGCAGAGGGUGCCUGGGGCUCCGACACCAACUUUUUCCUGUAUCGCGAACUGCACGGCCGUUUUCAGAAAAAUGUCGACUACCACGAUUGCGCUGGCAGUGGUGUUCACACCGACAUGGUCGCUGUUCGCGAAAUCGUGCGUCUGUUGGGCCUAGCUGGUGACGUGGUCGGCAUCCUGUCGAUUCUGCCUCUCCUUUCCGAGGUCAAGUUUGGCCACUUGAUCCCGGCUCGUGGGGCGGCUGGAAAGGAAAAGGCUUCCUCGGAAGAGCAAGGUGGUGGGGAGUGUGCCAGAACCACUCCCCCCGUUUGGGCAUUGUGGCUUCUCUUGGUGGCAGAGCUUUGCAGCGGGGCCGCCUUCCUCAAUCCAUCGGACAAACAGGCUCGGAGGGCAAUCGGCGAGGUUGUCCGUGCCCAGCAGAAUGCAGAAGCUGGAUUGGAGGAGACGGUGAACGGCAUUGUUAAACUCCUUGACAGCAAAGAUGUCCACGAUCUUGCCAAGCUCUUGGCAAGCGUGGGAGGGCUUGCUGGCACGCUAUGUAUUUCUGCCCUCAGCGGGGCAGGGGACACCGGUGGCGUUGGCUUCGGAAUUCGCGCUGCCGCAGCGCCGCUUCGCACUUUGCUGACCGCUGAGCGAUUCUGGGGCCUUCUGGCAGUGGCAGCUCUCUUCUUACUGGGGAACUGGAUGGCGCUGACAACCCUGGUACGAAAGCCGGCAGUUUGGGCUGCCUGUGGGAACUUUGGCUCCCUUGUGCGCUCCCUGGCCUUCGCCGCAGCAUCAGGAGCGCAGGAUUCCGGUCCACUCUCCACUUGGGCGAUGCUCAGCGCCGCUGCCUGCGUCGCCCGAAUCUCGCGGCUCAUCGUCCACGAACAACUAGCUCCGGCAGUUUGGAUAACCAGCUUGUGGUCCGGGUCGAGGGUUCGCGUUGAUCCUCUGGUGUUGACCACUUUGGGACUGGAAAGCUGGUGCCUGGCGGUACUUCUCCUGAUCCUGAUUAGGAGACCCCGAAAGAUGCUGCUCCUCGCUGCAAUGACGUACCCGUGCAUCGCCCUCGCCCAAGGACCCCCUGCCUCGCAGAACUUCGAGGCCUUCGUGGCCCCGGCCUUGCAACGUGGCCCGAUCGUCAUGGCUGUGGCAUCGGCGCUGCUCAUAUUCAUGGGUGGAUUUCCGACCAUGUUGUGCAGCCUGGCGCUCAUCCAGGCGCUGUACUUCAUUCACGGGCUGGAUAGUUCAUUUGAGUGGCGGGUGCGCUGCAUUGGCGGGAAGCAUGCUGCUUGGAAGGCGAAUUAUGUGCAAGGAGCUCGACGAGCUCCUUGCGUGCAGCUAGAAGCUGACGGCCAGUCGGAUGAGCGACCCGAAAGCACCCUCAAGGUGCGGCGCCGCUGGGAUGGUGUUCAAGUGGACAAUUGGGCCCGUCGUUAUGACGACGAGGCACGUGACAAGCUGGAGUUCCAGCAUUGCAGCUACUUGCAAGUCAUGGGAAUGUUCACGCUUUGGGUGGGCUGGUACGGCUUCAACGCUGGGUCCGUGCUGGGGGCCAGCCAUCAUCACGAGCAUGCAGCUGCUCUGGUCUCCUGGAACACCACCCUCGCCGCCAGCGCCGCUGGACUGGGUGCUUGCCUCUACCUCUACGGUUUCCACUUGAAUCUGGAUGUAGGUUUCCUGUGCAAUGGAGUUUUGAGCGGCAUGGUCGCGAUUACUGCUCCUUGCGAUGUGGCUUCGCCAGCUGCGAGCGCCGUAAUUGGCUUGCUGAGCGGCUUGCUGGUGUAUCCUGCGUGCUCACGGGCUAUGCGGUGGGCAAAGCUCGAUGAUCCCGUUGACGCUGUUUCCGUCCAUGCUGGGUCGGGCCUUCUGGGAGUCUUAGCGACUGCGUUCUGCACCCCCGACUGCGACGUUCUCCAAUCAGUCCGUUACCCGACAGAGGCCGAAGUCCGGUUCUGCUCUGCUACGCGUUCUGUCAUGGAACAGCUGGAGAUUCAGCUUUGGGGCGCUUUUCUCAUCAUCCUCUGGUCCUUCUCGGUGUCGCUGGCCUUCUUCUCUUUCUGCGCCUUCUCAGAGCGCCUGAGGGGGCGCGAGUUGAGCCACGUGCGAGAGCUGCAGGAGUUGCUGGCCCCGAUCGCCAUGGCCACCCCUCAGGCCGUCGAUGAGACACUCAUUGGUCUUCGACUAGCUGCACUGGCUGAGAAAUCAUCCCUGGUCAGAUGUACGCUAAAGCGGCGUGGAUGGACCCAUGGCCUGCCCAAGGACGUCGCAGAGCUGCAGGCAGACGUCGCUGCGCUCACCACGGGCUGGCGGCAAAGCGCACUGGAAGUCGAUGCGAGUUGCGUGAUGGAGGCGGCAGUGACGGCAGCGUUUGCUUGCCGCCCAUUGCGAGCGCUGGCCCAGCUGCGACUGCGCAUUCACCCGGCUGCGGAGUUGUCGGGGCUUGGAGCCCUCAAGGCAGAGGGCGGGAAGCUCUACCAUGCUUUGAGCACUGCUGCGAACCAGAUUGCGGAGCUCCGGGCAGAGCACCGGUACGUUCAUUCUCCCCUGAAGCGAAAUGUGAAGGAGCUGUCGCUCCUGGUGAAAAGCCAGGAUAUCCUUUUGCGCGCCCUCACAAGGAAGCAUUCGCCGAGGCGGACGAGCACACUGCAGUCUGUGGCAGAGGAGGACGAGAGAUCGCAGCGCAGCUCCCAAAGCUCCAGCAACAACACACCGACCAAGCCGCGGCCACAUCCCGAGCCGGCGCCCUCCUCCGAUGAGGGAGAGGCUGCAGCGACGCCCCAGUCUCCAGCACAGUCCAGCUCCGAACCGUUUCCACUCCAUGUGGUUAGCAUGCGAAGCAACAGCACGGUCUCGGACGCCAGCCUCGGAGCUCUGAGUGCCCCGCAAUCCGCGACAGGUUCGACGCCCAGGCCCACCAUCUUGGGUCGGGAAUCUCGAGACUCCAGGACCCGGUCCAAUGAUGCCAGCGACGUCGCUGACCAGCUUACCACUUUGUUGCAAACUCAGCAGCAGCUGAUGUCAGUUCUUGCUGGGCGGGCAGGUCCUGAGAUAGGGCAUGCGCAGUUCGGCGAGCCUCCAAAUCCUCAAUGUGACCCGCCUGAGCUGAUGCAGAGGCAGCUCCUCACGGCGGCCCUGGAAGUACUGGCGGCUCGCAGUUCAGGCGCGGGCUCCUCCGUGGACACCCCUCGCACGCUGGACGAGAUGAUGAGCUGCGGGCCGAGCAGGAGCAGCUUCAGCCUGGGAUCCGAUGUGACCGCUUCCCCCGUCCGUGAGCGCUGGGCUGGCUAG